CAGAUAUAGAAGUUGAUAGCACGGCGGACACCAUUUUGUUGAAAGAACAACCUCUUAAAUGGCUACCGCUAGAUCGUUUGCUCAGCAUUUUAUUGAAUGCGAGAAUUGUGAGGAAAACCCCGCGCAAUUCCUGUGCAAAACGUGCGUUGGUCAUCUUUGUGAAAUAUGCAAAACAGAGCAUGAGUCAAGAAAAUUAACAAAAAAUCACGAACUGAUACAUUUACACAAAAAUAAGGAGGGUACCCUUGGCCUACUUUACUGUGAAAAACAUAACCUUAACAAGCUAGAGUGGUACUGUUCUCCCUGUAAGGAGCCAGUGUGUGCAAAAUGUCUUAUGGAAUCCCAUAAUGGGCAUAAAAUGGAUGAUCUGGCUAAAGUGCACAAGGAAAUAAAAACUGCACUCGGAGAAGAAAGGGAUAAAAUAGAGCGGAUACUUUUACCAAAAUUUGAAAAUAUGCUAAUUCAGGAGAAAACCAAGAAAGCAGAAAUAUUAAGCAGAACUGAGGAAGUGAAAAAACAAUUACAAAAUCACACAAAAUCAAUAAUUGAUCAGAUCAUAAGAAUGAAAGAGAAUUCUUUACAGAUUUUACAAGAAGAGAAAGAGGAGGCCAUUAAAUCUGUUGAAAAGACAGAAAAUGAAAUCAAAAGAAAACUUGAAACCUUGGAAAACAUGAACGAAGGAAUUAAAAAUAAUUUGGGUGCGAAACCAGGCAUAAUAUUUUUCAAGAAUCAAAACUUUAAAGUGCCUGAUGACCUACAGGAAACCCCUCCUAUAUUUAAUUACGAGCUUGGCGACUUUCAACCUGGUGAGAUAUCUUUAACCCCACAUCAGUUUGGAAUAUCUCCAAAAUUUAUAAAAUUGAAAGAAACCGUCAUGCUAGCUGAAAACGCACAUUUAAGGGAAUCGAAUGAAGUGCAGGAGAAAAGAUAUGAUCCAUGGGAUCAUCCUAAAAUUGGACGCAAAGAAUGGACGGCAAAAGCGAUGACUAAUAAAUUUUUAUAACAAUAUUUUUAAAAAGCAGAGAGAUGAUAUUCUUUCAACGGUAAUUUUAACAAACGGGUAUUUAGUAAGAUGAAAUGUUCACUUCAAAAUCCUGCAGUUAGUUUAGGAACAGAAAUAGAUAAUUAUAAAAUAUGUAUAAAAACUUAACAUUUUUUCCACUUUAAAAAAUAUAGGUGUUUCCUUAGAUUC